AUGUGUGCUCAGUGCGCGGGAGUUUUCCAUGAUGGAAGUAACUGCCAAAAUUCCAUUACAUGCAUCAACUGUCGGGGACCUCAUAGUUCGUUGUUCAAGGGUUGCCCAGUGUACGAGGAUGAAUAUGAGAUCCAACGUAUUCGCGCUUCGGAAAAAUUGUCGCUGAGAGAAGCUAAAAACAAACGACGCCUUCAAGCACCCAAUCCGAUCGUCCAAAGGCUUACGGAAAGUUAUUCUCGAGUAACGAAGACAGGAACAUUGCCUCAACAGCCGUACACUCAGAAAUCAACAAAUUCAAACCAACAAAGACGGAAUGAACACCAUCUACCAUCAAGUGUGCACCAGCUACCCAUUGCGCUUUCCUCCAGCUCGAUAACGCCUCAGUCGUCGGAAAAACUGCUGCAGUACUCAUUCUCGCAAGAGAGUGAGAUACUUGCAACGCCAUCAACAACAAUAGAGAUUCAACCAACUAAAAUAAGUUCACCCAGUACUGAAAUCGACGACAAAGCCACAGAACGGGAGAAACGUGGUUGCAAAUCUUCCCGGAAGGCACAGAGGCGCCGUGAACAAUCGACCAAGAGGGAAGAUUCAUCAGAUAAAGCAACGGAGCGGAGAAAUAAAGCCGAGAACGGCUGUGUGCCAAGUCGUACAGCCUGCAAAGGUUUCCCAAGCCGUUGGGAAAACGGUCACGAAGAGUUUGGCCACUUUGGGAAUCCGCAGAGUUGGAGACGAAAGCCCGGGAAUAAACCAACCAAUCACCCGGAGAAGAGAAAGAAAAAGUACAAACUAAAUCUGGCCACUGAAACGGCAAAUAGAAGGGAAAAAGUCCCCGAGAGCCCCUUAACAAAAGGGAGUUGGUCAACGGUGUGCGAGCGGACAACAGUACGCGUGCGGAAACAAGCGGGAACCGAAGAGCAUCAGAAAGCAGUUCGACAGUGGUCGAUGGUCAUCAAGGAAUCGCAGGACUUCCGGAGAAGCCGGAAUUCAUCGCUACAAGGUACCAGACGGAGAUUCGACAGUGGUCGAGGAGUUCGAGGGAACCGGAAACGGAUUCCGGAAGAAUCCGGAUUGCACGGAGGAGAAUUUCACCAGAAAAGUGCUCGACAGUGGUCGAGAGUAUCAGAGGAACGGUUCGUGAUUUUCCGGAACAAUCCGGGUAGAAGCUGCACGGAAUCGAAGCCGACGGCUGCCGGUGGAGAACGAUUCGGCCUUGACGCAGGCCAGAGAAUCGUCGUCGACCGAAGAAGGCAAUCUGCCGCAACCGCAAGUAUGCUGUCAGGACAUCCAAAUGCUAAUUGUUGCUGCGUUCGCCACCCGAGCGGUUUCUGCGAUUUCUGGGUCAACGAUGACCGACCAAUUGAUCGUCAUUCUUGGGACGAAUCGAGUCCGGAACAUCCAGUGAAAUGCACGUAA